GGCAGAACGACAGAUUUUUACCUUGUCAGCUUGGGGAUUCAAUCUAGCAAUCUUUCAGUUACUGGCCCAACGCUCUAACUACUAGGCUACCUGCCACCCGAUAGGAUGGACUCUCUGGGUAUGAGGGGCCCAUCCCUAAACCAGGACUCACUACACAGUGUGCUGAAUGCUGUUCCUCGUGGACUGACAGUGGGCCCCUUUCUAGCGAAUGAUGGCCAGUUGGGGCUCUGGUGUGUAGGACAUGCUCUGCAGAAAGGGAUGCUUCUGGGCGUGGAAGACCAAAGCAACACCUUUGACCAAAGUGAAGACUUUACAGAGAGCUUGAUGGAAGAAGUGUAUCAGACGAUAAUCAAGGGGAAUCUUUGGGACAGGUGCUAUUGGAUUAGAUUUGCCUGUAAUGCAAGGAGGAAAGAUGAACAUAAUAUUACUGUUCAUGAGGUGAAUGGAAGUCUCUUUCUAAGGGCCUGCAAAGACAUCAACCAAGGACAGAGCUUCUGCUUCAGAGUUUCCUAGCUGAUCCUCUGGAACACGUAUGGAAGCCAAGGAGGGUCACUAACAACACCAGGCAAACCUCGCAAACAAGUUACACCUCGCAAGUCCAGAGAGGAUGGAUCCCCAGGUGUAAACUCCACAGAGCAAGAGCUCAAGCUUAUAGGUAGCCUGACACCCACAUUCAAUAGCAUUCUUAAUACACACUAACUAAUAAAUAUUGUGCAUUUUAUGUUAUGAAAUGAUUACAUUUUAUAUUUGGAUAGUUGUUUCUGAAAUGUUACGUGGAAGAUAUUUGUAUGUCUUACAGAGCCAGAGGAGCACACUGAAGAUUCAGAUUCAUGUCAACUUCUCCACUGGGGUUUACAGAGGGUUUGGGGUGUACAGAGUCUAUGGUGGUGGAGGAGGAGAAAAGCCAGACUGGAAUCAAAAGGAGCAAACCUCUUAUCUACAAAAUGAACAAGAGAUGUGUGAGAGACUCUCAUUCCAGUGGUGAGAAAACAAUGGAACAGAAUAGAGACGUUCACUCUUGCAAAAUAAUAAAAACAGAACGUUUCAUUCCAGAAAUAACCAAUGUGCCAUGCUCUGAGGACAAGCUUGUGAGUCCUGCUGACGAGCCUUCAAAGAGUAGUGAAGAACCAGAUAAUGUGGUAAGAAAAGCCCAGGAGGUGCAGGGGCCACAGGUUGUCAGGGCCAGUUGCAGACUGGCUGCUAAACCCAGGAAGGUGCAUUCAUUAGUCAGCUGCAUCCACAAGCGUCUUCAAGUGUGCAAAAAUGGGUAUCUGGAUCGUCAAGUGACAUUGGAAAUUACGUCCAGAGUUGGUGAUGAAAAUGGACGAGCUUGCCAAGAAACAGAUAUAAAAUAUAGAAAAUAUAAGCUCAGAUGAAAUCCCAAAGGAUCUUGACAAAGGGGGGAAGCAAGACACAGAGGAGCUUAUGAUGGCUCCAGACCUCUUUAACACCAGGGAAAGGAGGUAUACAUGUGACCAGUGUGACAAGAGUUUCUUUCAGCUAUAUCACCUGAAGAAGCACAAAUUCACCCACUUGGACCUAAAGCCUUACUUAUGCACAGAGUGUGGUAGGAAUUACAGCUCCCAAGAGAACUUCAGGGCCCACCUUCUGAUGCAUAAGGGAGAGAGGCCAUUCAAGUGCCAGCAGUGUGACAAGAGCUAUGGCAUGAAACGAGACCUGAAGGAGCAUGAAGUUCUCCAUACAGGAGAGAGGCCUUUUGUCUGCGAUAUAUGUGGGAAGGCUUUUGCCCGCUGGCCUUGUAUUCAUAGGGAGGCCCACCGCGCUAAGGAAGAAAAUUACCACGCUCCUAAGCUCAAGUGCCCUGUCUUCGGUAACGAACUGGCCAAUUCAGGCUCCCUUAGGAAUCACAUGUGCUUGCACACAGGAGAACGGCCUUAUGCCUGUCUCCACUGCAAUAAGACAUUCCGACAGCAGGGGAACCUUUUGGGGCAUCUACACAUCCACACAGGGGAAAAGCCUUACAAGUGCAACCAUUGCAAUCAGUACUUCUCACAGGUGCCUGAACUCUGCAGACACCUCUUAUCACACACAGGGGAAGUCUACCUCUGCCCUAUAUGUGGCAAAGCCUUGCGGGACCCCCACACCUUGCGGGCCCACGAACGUUUACACACAGGGGAGAGACCUCACCAGUGUGAGCUGUGUGGGAAAGCCUACACCAUGGCCACCAAGCUACGCUGCCACAUGAAGUCCCACCUUGAAGAGAAGUCCUACAAAUGUCCGACAUGUGGUGCUGGCUACACGCUAAUGCAGAGCCUGGUUCACCACCAGUUCUCCCAUCAAAAGAGAGAAGAUAGGACAUCUGGGGAGCUAGCUAACGCCCCAGCAGCUCUGGAGUCUAGCCACUCUGCCUAUGCUAGAGGCAGACCUAGAAAGGCCCCUCGCAAGACAGAGGUCAAGCCAUGGGUCGAUGUCCCUGAUGAGAACAUGGAGAGUCAGACAGUAGUGUAUGUUCAGGCCAUUGAAGACUUGCCUAAUUUAGGGGAGGUUAUUGUCAGCACCUGUGACUCAUAUCAUGAUAGUGACAUAUCUCCUGUGGUAAUAGAGGAAGGUUUGGAACAGGAUGUGGGCCAAUUCCAGCUAAAUGAGAAUAUCAUUGAGAUAAUUGUCUCAGACUCUAAUGAUAAGUGCAUUGUGGUAAGGGAGCACAAAACACACAGCAACCUGGUGAUUCUACAUGGCGAGGAUGGACUGAGCUCUGUGGCAGAGACAAUAGAGAUCGAAACGGGAGUUUAAAACUGCAAUUCACACCAUUUUGCUUUCUGUUGCUGUUUAAUUAAAUCUUCAAAUAAAAUCAAGAAUGUGAAUAAAAACAAUUUUUGCAUUCUAGAUGUACUUUACCUAAAAGAAGACAAUAAGCAGUACUUACUUGGAAAAUACCUUUGUCAUGAAUAUCAAAUAUGUUAUGAUAUCACCAUCAGGAUACUCCAUUUAGAUUACUGGAGAAGGGAGACAGCUGUGAACGAGUUAAAGAUAUAAGCUAAUAUAACAUUUGUGGUGGACCUUAUCUAGCCACUACCUGCAGCAAAUGUUCUUUUCAAGGACUACUAAAACUACCUGCCCCUGUAUUUUAGGAAAUAUCUUAAUGGUUACAAAGAGAAAUCCUUAUGAAUAGUUUUCUUUUUUAUCUGACCAAAAUAUAUUUGAUCUCUGGAGAUUGUUUAUGAAGGAUUUUUAAAUAGCUUUACUGUAUUUUAACACACUGUUGUAAAUAUGGGCCCAUCAACAAUAUUAUCAUUAUUGUUGAAGACUCCAAUUAAAAGAGAGAAAAUAAGUACCUCUGUGGUGGCUUUACAACAGUUAUAUGUGUUUUUGAACACAACUUUUGACUUUUCACCUCUUUCUCCAAUGCUUCACUCAAAAUUUGGGUGCAAAUUUUUCGAUGGUUGGGACAGUCCGAGACUGAAUCAGCAAACAUUCUGGUUUGGAGUGUGUGUUUUUUAUGCCUGUCUAUGCAGCUUAGCGGCACACACUAUCAUAGUCUAAAUUAGCAGAUAGGGGUGUUUUAAAAGGUUGAUUUAUUGUGUAUUUGUUUUUGACAUUGCCUUUAAGUCUUUAUCAUUUGGUAUUCUGCUUGUAAUU